CAUCUUCGCACAGUUCUCCACCCCGUGGCCACUGUGUACCAUCCGCUUACAAUGUCGGGUGAGACUUCAGGGUGAGCAAGUUUCAUGCAGCAUUUCCAGCACCGGAUUCCGUCGACUGCUUGUGCUUCCGCUCAAGAAGCUCGAGUUUGUGAGGUGUUUGGAAAAGUUAGACCAAAUGUCGGCUCGUUUAAUCUCCCUCAGAGCCGGAGUAUGGCUAGUGGUUGCUUCCACUCUGUUCCACACCCUUGUCGCGUCCGCUGCGGCAGCUGAUGAUGCACCAUCACUAGCGGAGGCCAUUCUGGCAGCGGCAGCACCAAGUCCCUUUAUCGGAGCGCCUGCACCAGCACCACUGGCACCACCCCCAAAACCUCUCACGCUUCGCGACAGAGUUGUUGCUGCUAUUCGGGCUGCGGGUCACUACGGCGCCAUUUCGGGCCUUCUAGACAGUCUAAGCGAAACCAGCGUCAUCAAGGAAGGAAUCACUUUCUUCGCUCCUGAUGACGGUGCCUUCAGCGGCUUGAACAUGAACAACUCCAUGCUCUUCAUGAACACGUUGCACUAUCAUGUGGCCACCGCAGUGUACAGCUACCAACAGCUGAGCUAUCUUCCCCUGAACUCGACGAUUCAAACUGCCGCACCAAAUGUGGUCAUGUACAUCACCAGCACAGGCGAAGACGGCCUCAUGCUAGACAAUGUCGUCAUUUCAGACCCGGACCUCUACUUGGACGAUAAGGUGGCUGUCCAUGGCAUCAGCAUGGUAAUGGAUACAGCGAAGUAUAACAAGGGAGUGGUGCCGCCUGAAGCAGCACCUGCGGCGGUUGCAGGAGCUCCUUCAGCUUCUCCAGGACUUACAACUACCCCAACUACACCGGGGACCACUAGUCCCGCUGCAGUUGGAAACGAUGCCGCACAUGUUGUGUCCAGCGCUGCCAAUGCGGCGAUCCUCGUUGCCGCAGUCUUGUUCUUAUCUCUUCUCUUCCAGAUUUGAGCCAGAAAUUUAUGAAACAUCAGGUGCAAUUUUAUUGGGUGUGCGAGUUUGCGAGUGUGUGUAGUUUGUGCCAUUCUUGUCAUCCCGCAGCCGCUGUGCUCAUUGAUACAUGUGUUUGCGGGCAUAACCUGCGAACUUGAUCAUCCAGGUAGAAGCACAGCAAGUCAUUAAUGGCUUCGAAUCCAAAAAUGGUUUGGAGUUUCGAUCAAGUAGUUGAUUACCUUUGAAACUAAAUCAACGUCUCUUGUAAUGCCUCCCACUCUGCGAUCUUCUCGUUCUUCAUCGGCUUCUGACUGAUCACGAAAAUUUAUCCUGGACAUUAUUUUCACAGAGUGAAUGCCUGGAAGCUUCUCCUUUAGCGAUUUCGCCUUAUGCAGAAGCUCGUCUUGCGUCUUGAGAAAUUGUAUUCGCGAUGUAAUCCGUGUGACAGAAUUACAUCCAUUUCCUAAUGCAACAGUGAAACUCGAUGAUGCCUGGCAGAAUAAUUCCAUUUAGAGUCAAAAUUCCAACGUAAAA